CUAUUCUUAUUCUUUCCCAUCCUCUGGCUCUAUGAAUUCAACAGAGGCUGCUGGAUAAACAACAGCACUUGGAAUGGCAUCAAGUACUACCAAGUGGACCUAUUCCUCAACUACGCGAAAUUCCAGGAUAUUUAAAACAGAUGCUGUAAUAUUCUUUGAUCCUUCCAAUUGGCGCCAUAUAUUCUCAUGCCACUUUUCUAGGAACCAGCCAUGCAGUUCUGACUUGGCAGCAUAUACAGGACUUCAAGGUUGAACGCUGCACCUUUUUUCUUCUGUGAAAGGAAAGAGGCAUCCUUGCUUUGAUGGAAAGCUAUAGACAAAUUGGCUCUGGGUCAUUCAAAUGCUUCAUGUCAUGCCAUCAAUCUACCAAAGCAACUGCACAUCUGUUGUCUAUGUGGAUAACCUCUGGCUGCUAUAAGUAGAGCACCAGACUUCCAGCUUCAGCACCAUUCAUUGGAAGCCUUCGGACCUUGCAUUUUGGAGCUAUUGGCUAUUGAAGAUGGAGACUAUUGUUAAAGGACCGAAGUACGAGUGCUUGCUGUUUGAUUUGGAUGAUACGUUGUAUCCCUUCAGCACUGGCAUCAAUCUAGCUUGUCGCAAAAAUAUACAAGAUUACAUGCGUCACCAUCUGCAAAUUGAAGAAAGCCAAAUUGCAGAAAUGUGCCUAGAACUGUACAAGGAAUAUGGCACCACAAUGGCUGGUCUUAAGGCAUUAGGCUACGAGUUCGACAAUGAUGAGUUUCAUGCAAAUGUUCAUGGUACAUUGCCGUAUCACAACCUGAGGCCCGACCCUGUUUUGAGGACCCUCCUACUUUCAAUUCCACAAAGAAAAAUAGUAUUCACAAACUCUGACAAAGCUCAUGCGGACGAAGUUCUGCACAGGCUGGGUUUGCAGGGUUGCUUCGAUGGUGUGAUAUGCUUUGAGACACUGAACUCUUGCAACGACCUAUGCGAGUCCCAGAAUUGCAUGCCGUUCUCUGAUGAACCAUCUCCCAACUUGGUUGAUCUGAAUGAAUCAGAUGGGUUCAGACCUAAAUCACCCAUCCUCUGCAAGCCCUCCAUUGAAGCCAUGGAAGCUGCAAUUCGGAUUGCAAAUGUUGAUCCCAAGAAGACGAUCUUUUUUGACGACAGCACUCGAAACAUAGCUUCAGGAAAGGCUGCAGGCUUCCAUACUGUGAUUGUUGGCAGAUCAACAGUUGUUCCAGGGACUGACCUUGCGCUGGAAAGCAUUCACAACAUCAAGGAAGCUUUGCCCGAGAUAUGGGAUGAUCAGGAUUGGUCUGAAUGCGAUGUUGUUCUUGCUUCCAGUGCUGUCGAAACUGCGGUUAUUGCUUGAAUGUGUUAUCCAGUGGAUUAUCCUUCCUGUAAUACUAUGGGAGAAGACUACUUAGUGUGAGUUUGAAUAGUGGAUGCAGAAGUAUAAGUUGAAGAUGCAUCCUAGUCCUAGCUUCAUUGGUAAAGAAGUUGCACUCAUAAUGGAACUGUAUCAGUGUAUCAGUUACAGCAGUGUGAAAUGAAGUUACUGAACAAGCAUCUGCAGUAAUUGUGCAGAUGUUAUUAGCAUA